AUGCGGAGUCGGGAGGAGCCUGGUGGGCCUCAGGACUCGGCUGAGGACUUGUUUCACUUCAACGUUGGGGGUUGGCAUUUCUCAGUGCCCAGAAGCAAACUUGCUCAGUUCCCAGACUCCCUGCUGUGGAAGGAAGCCGCUGCCUUGACGGCUUCUGAGAGCCAGAGGCUGUUCAUCGACCGCGAUGGCUCCACCUUCCGGCACGUGCACUAUUACCUCUACACCUCCAAGCUCUCCUUCUCCAGUUGCGCAGAACUCAACUUGCUCUACGAGCAAGCGCUGGGCUUACAGCUGAUGCCUUUACUGCAGACUCUGGAUAACCUAAAGGAAGGGAAGCACCAUCUCCGUGUGCGGCCUGCAGACAUACCUGUGGCUGAGAGAGCGUCUUUGAACUACUGGCGCACAUGGAAGUGUAUCAGCAAACCCUCAGAGUUUCCGAUUAAGAGCCCAGCCUUCACAGGCCUGCAUGACAAGGCGCCUUUGGGGCUCAUGGACACACCACUGCUGGACACGGAAGAGGAAGUGCACUACUGCUUCCUGCCCCUAGACCUGGUAGCCAAGUAUCCAAGCCUGGUGACUGAAGACAAUCUGCUGUGGCUGGCUGAGACUAUGGCCCUGAUCGAAUGCGAGUGCAGCGAGUUCCGCUUCAUUGUGAAUUUUCUCCGCUCACAGAAGAUUUUACUGCCAGACAAUUUCUCCAACAUAGAUGUGUUGGAAGCAGAAGUAGAAAUUCUGGAAAUCCCUGAGCUCACUGAAGCCGUAAAGUUGUACCGGAUGAACAUGGGUGGCUGCUCCCGGACCUCCUGUCCUCCCCCAAGCCCUGGGAAAGGAGGCCGCACAGCUGGCCUGGAGUCUGGGAAGCCGCUGUACAUGAUGGCCCUGGGUCUGCUGGUCAAGUACCCCGACUCAGCACUGGGGCAGCUGCGGAUUGAGAGCACGCUAGAUGGAAGCAGGCUGUACAUCACAGGCAAUGGGGUCCUCUUCCAGCACGUCAAGAACUGGUUGGGCACUUGUCGGCUGCCUCUGACGGAGACCAUUUCUGAGGUGUAUGAACUGUGUGCUUUCCUGGACAAGAGGGACAUCACCUAUGAGCCCAUGAAAGUGGCUCUGAAGACUCACCUAGAGCCAAGGACUCCAACACCGUUGGAUGUGCUAAGUGAUGAGUGGACAGCAGAAGUCACUGUAUAUUCCCCACAACAGAUCAUCAAAGUCUAUGUUGGGAGCCACUGGUACGCCACCACCCUGCAGACCCUGCUGAAGUACCCAGAACUGCUGUCCAACACUCAGCGUGUGUACUGGAUCACAUAUGGGCAGACCCUGCUCAUCCAUGGCGACGGCCAGAUGUUCCGGCAUGUCCUCAACUUCCUGAGACUCGGAAAACUGUUUCUACCUUCUGAAUUUAAGGAGUGGCCCCUUUUCUGCCAGGAGGUAGAGGAAUACCAUAUCCCAUCCCUCUCAGAAGCCCUUGCACAAUGUGAGGCAUACAAAUCAUGGACCCAGGAGAAAGAAUCUGAAAAUGAAGAAGCUUUUCCAAUCAGAAGGCUGCAUGUGGUGACAGAAGGGCCGGGGUCACUGGUAGAGUUUAGUAGAGAUGCCAAAGAAGCCACAGCCUGCAUGCCUGGGGACUUUGAAGACUGUAAUGACAGGACUCCAUGGAACAAGGCCAAGGGGAACCUGGCCAGAUCUGGCAAGAUGGAGGAAGCUGAGCAGUACACUCGAGCUAUCCAGAUGUCCCUGUGCCGAAACGCCAAGAGGGCAGGCAACCCUAGUGCUUACUCACACUGCUCUGGCUUGUGUGCCAACCCCAGACACUGGGGGGGCCACUCUGAGAGCCCCCCUAAGAAAAAGAGCACCCCAAUCAACCUUACACAGAAGCCUGAAACCAAAGACCCUCCAGUCACACCCAUGCAAAAACUCAUCUCCCUGGUGAGGGAAUGGGACAUGGUCAAUUGCAAGCAGUGGGACUUCCAGCCAUUGACAGUGCCCCGGGGCAGCCCCUUGGAUGAGACUACCCUGCAGCUCCCUGUAGCCAAUGAGGCUGCUGUCCAACCCAGCACCUCAGCUGCCUGGAAAGCCCAUUGCUCAGCCUCAGAGAAGGAUCCCAGCCCCCAGGCUGGGGCCGGGGCCAUUGUAAAAGACAAGGGACAGGAACCAACUUUUAAGCCUUACCUCCCUGUGAAACGAUCUGUCACUGUGAAGGACUGGGGCAAGCACAGGACAAAAGAGAGAGAAAGCCCUGUCCCCGAGGCGUCUCUGCCUGAGGCCCCUGAGGUGGGCAGCCCAGGGAUCAUCCUCAGAGUGACGCACCCCCCAGUGGUGGGUAGUGAUGGCUCCUGCAUGUUCUUGGAGGACAGCAUUAUCUACACCACGCAGAUGGAGAACCUCAGAAACACGCCCCCCACAGCCUACCCUCAGCCCCAAGAUGUGAGUUUUCUGAGUUUCUCUCUGUCCUGGGAAGAGAUGUUUUAUGCACAGAAGUGUCACCGCUUCCUGACGGAUGUCAUCCUGGACUCCAUCAGACAAAAGGAUCCCAAAUCCAUCACAGCCAAACUGGUCUCCUUAGCCAACCAGCUGUGGAUGCUGCACAUCAGCCCCAAGCAAUUUGUGGUGGACCUGCUGGCCAUCAGCGGCUUCAAGGAUGACCGGCACACCCAGGAACGCCUCUACAGCUGGGUGGAGCUCACACUGCCUUUCGCCAGGAAAUAUGGCCGCUGCGUGGACCUGCUCAUCCAGAGGGGCCUGUCCAAGUCUGUCUCUUACUCUGUCCUGGGCAAGUACUUGCAAGAGGCCUAGGGAGCCCAGAGAUACCCCAUGCACGCCCCCACCUGCCAGGGCUCACUUAAACCAAAGAGGUCCCCAGAAAUGAGUGCUCACUCGCGAGUACACAUUGGUGUUUUUUUAUUAUUAUAAGUAAAUCACAAGGCAAAGUCCUACCACACA